UCUCACAAUUCAACUGGGAUAUACUUUACUUCUGUGGCUCGCUAGACGACUGCCAUCAACGUUCUCUCUAUCUUUCUACUCUUCUUCCUCCUCUUCCUCCACCAUCCAAGCAUCUCCCUUAAAUCUCCUUCCUCUUAUCCAUCGUCAACAUGUCUCAAGCCGCCGCUCCUAACGGAGCUGAUGCUGCUCCUCAUGAGGUCGCUCCCAACGAGGUGCCAGCUGAGCUGCCCAUCCCUGGAGAGCCCGGCCUCGGCCACACCAUCGAGAUUCCUGCUACCAGGAGCUCUAUCAGUGAUGUUCACAUGCAACGUUUGAGCCUGUCACCUUCCAUGAAGGACCGCCGGGGCUCGCGCAACUCCUUCGGCGUCUCCCUUCCCAUUCCUCGCGAGCCGCGCAAGUCUUCUCGUCUGUCUGUUGUUGGCAAGCCUACAAGCCACGUGCGCACUAUUAUUGCGUCUGAGUUGCAAGAUCAGGAGAAGGAGAAGGUCCAGAAGGUCAAGAACAUGUGCUUCUGCUUUGACAUUGACGGUGUGCUGGCACACGGUAACAAUGCUAUUCCGGAGGCUCAAGCUGCUCUCAAGAUGCUUAACGGAGACAACGAGCUCGGCAUCCAAUUCCCCUACAUCCUCCUCACCAACGGUGGUGGUAAGACCGAAGAGGCUCGCUGCGCCCAGCUCUCAGAAGUCCUCGGUGUUCCCAUCUCCACAGACCAGUUCAUUCAAUCUCACACCCCCAUGCAAGCUCUUGCAGAGUACUACGAAAACGUCCUGGUUUGCGGUGGUGAGGGAUUCAAGGUGCGCGAGGUUGCCGAGAGCUACGGUUUCAAGAACGUGAUUCACCCUAAGGACAUUCUGGCUUGGGACCCCACAAUCUCUCCCUGCCGCAAGUUCACCGAGGAGGAGCAGAAACUAGCCAAGCCCCGCGACUUCUCCAAGUUCAAGUUCGAUGCUAUCAUGUGCUUCGCCGAGUCGCACGACCAGUCCACCGAGUUCCAGAUCAUCCUCGACCUCCUCCUCAGUGCCAAUGGCAAGCUCCUCACCCGUGCCAAGGAUCCCGCUGCUCGGGAUGCCGUUGCUGGCCACAUCCCCAUCUACUUCUCCCAGGGUGAUCUGCUCUGCCCCACCGAGCACAAGGGCCCCCCACGUCUGCACCUGGGUGCUUUCCGUGUUGCGCUGGAGGCUCAGUACAAGGCUCUUACCGGCCGUGAUCUCGACCGUAUCGUCUACGGUAAGCCCGAACGCGCCACUUACAUCGUCGCCGACGAGAUCAUCAAGUCGUGGAUGGAGGAGAUCCACGGCGAGAAGAAACUACCCGAGAACAUCUACAUGAUUGGUGAUAACCCCCAGUCUGACAUCAUCGGUGGAAACUUGUACGGCUGGAACACUUGCCUGGUCCGCACUGGUGUCUUCCAGGGCAAGGGCAAUGACGAGAACAACCCCGCCAACUUCGGUGUCUUCGACCAAGUCUACGACGCCGUCAAGGCUGCCAUUCGCAAGGAGCUUGGUGAUGACUUCAAGUUCAAGUGGGACCCCAAGAAGCACUCUCCCCACGGCUCCGCUGUUGAGUAAGGGUGUAGCGUGAAGAGACUUUAAUCUUCUUUCCUGCAUCCUUUUCUUCCGUUUCUUUCUUCUCGCUGCCGGUCAUCACUACGCUACGAGUCUCCACGGAGCUCUAGUCUUUUGUUUCCUUUUAUUUUUUACUCGUUUGAAAUUCCCAUUUCUUUUGGUAGAAAUCGUCGCAUCUUGUCUUUACUUGGAUUAUGGAAAUCAACCCUUUUGGACAUGGGUCCAGGGCUCUGAUAGAUAUUUGUCGCUCAUCUAUCGGGUGAAAAUUAUGAGCAUAUUUUACGAACAACGAAGAACUUUGAUACCAUUCCAGCUCUUGAAGCAAAUUCAAAAAUUUUCUCUAAAGCC